AUGAAAAUUUUUAUUUUGUUGAUAUUUUACUUUGGAGGAAUAUAUUUAUGUAAAAAAAGAAAUAUAAAUAUUAAUUUUAAAUUUAAUGAAAGAAAACAAAAGAAUGUAAAAAAAUAUAAGUUUAUCAAUAUUAAUAAAAAAAAAAGAGUCGAUAAUUAUAACUUUCUUAUUAUAAAAAAGAAUUAUAAAAAAAGAAUAAAAUGCUAUGGUGAAGGAUUUUCUAAUACUUUUCAUAAUGAUGUGAAAAAAAACACAAAUGAUUAUUCAGAAGACAGAUUACCUUCAUAUCAUAGAUACAUAGAAAAUUUUAAAACGAGAAAAAUAAUUCAUCCAAGUAUUAGAUUAAGAGAAUUAGAUAAAAAAUUUAUGAAAUGUAAAGAAAAUUAUAAUAAAUUAUUUUCACAUUUAAACAAAACGGAUAUCUUUGAAAAUUUCUCUUAUGUUGGUAGACAAAAAAAAGGUGUAUUAUCUCCCACAUAUUAUUUACCUAAAUAUAUUGAAAGACCAAAUUAUCAUAGAACUGGUACUCCUAUUUAUGUGAGUUAUGAUAAUAAUAAUAAUAAUGAAGAAAGAAGUAGAUAUGAAUAUAAAAAUGUAAAAGAUGAUAAUGAUAUAGAAAUAAUAUCUAAUAAUUGUAAAUUUGCAAGAGAAUUGAUGGAUGAUGUAUCAUAUAUAUUAUGUGAAGGAGUAACUACAAAUGAUAUUGAUAUUUAUAUUUUAAAUAAAUGUAUUAAUAAUGGUUUUUAUCCAUCUCCCUUAAAUUAUCAUCAUUAUCCUAAAAGUUGUUGUAUAUCUAUAAACGAAAUAUUAUGCCAUGGAAUACCAGAUAAUAAUGUUCUAUUUGAAAAUGACAUUGUAAAAGUAGAUAUAAGUGUUUUUAAAAAUGGGUUUCAUGCAGAUAUGUGUGAAAGUUUUCUCAUUGAAAAAAUAACAAAAGCAGAAAAAAAAAGGAGAAAAAAAAAUUAUGAUUUUAUUUAUUUAAAUGAUAAAGUUAAAACAAAAUAUACAAAAUACAUUUUUAAAUAUCAUUUUGAUUUAACUAAGAAUAUGGUUGUUAGAAAAGGAAAAUCAAUUACUACAAGAAAAAUGAGAUAUGUUGCUCCAAAUUCAAAGGAUCAACAAAAUGAUUUUCAUUUUGAUUACGAUGAUAAUACUAAUUCAAUUCGUUUAAAUAAUAUAUCUCAAAAUAUGUUAAGUAAUAAUUAUAAUGAUUAUGAUGACGAACUGGAAAAUUUUCAUAAACAAUAUGAUGAUAAAGUUAUAUAUAAUCCAGAGAAAAAUCAAAUGUAUAACAAUAUUCAAAAUUUUAUAUAUAAUAAAAGUGAAAAAGAUAAAAAAAGAGAACAAAAGCAUUAUGAUUUUUUUGAAAGAAAUAAGUUUAGUUUAGAUGAUUUUAAAAAAUUUAUGUAUGAAAAAAACAUAGAAUUAAUUAAAACAGCUUAUGAAUGUACAAUGGAAGCAAUCAGUAUAUGUAAACAUGGAGUUCCAUUUAAAAAUAUUGCAGAAGUAAUCGAUAGUUAUAUUAAAAAAAAAAGAAAAAAAAAUAUUUAUUAUUCUGUUGCACCAAAUUUAUGUGGUCAUAAUAUUGGAAAAAAUUUUCAUGAAGAACCAUAUAUCUUCCAUACAUUAAAUAAUGAUGAUAGAAAAAUGUGUGAAAAUUUAAUAUUUACAAUUGAACCUAUUAUUACAGAAAGAACAUCUGAUUAUAUUACAUGGCCUGAUAACUGGACAAUCUCAAGUUCUAGAUAUUAUUUUUCAGCUCAAUUUGAACACACUAUUCUUAUUAAAAGAAACCAUGCAGAAAUACUAACAAAAAAAAAUGAAAAAUCUCCCAAAUUUAUAUGGGAAAGAAAUAAUAUUUAA